AUGGCGCAGAACGGCGGCAACACCGAUGGCACGGUCGUCAUGCCUCAGCUGGAGGAUCUCCUGCGCCACCCGGAAGACCUGGACAAGAUCGGUGGACUGAAGGCCGAAUAUCAGCGAAAGAAGGCCGCUGUCGACUCUCGACUUCGGGAGGGCCUUCGCGAUCAGCUCGAAGCCGUGCAGCGGAGUAUUGGUAUUUUGACUGAGGGACAAAGACAAGUCUCGAAGACCAAAGAUGAGCUUCAAGGCAUCGACAAGCUAUGCGCAGAAUCACAGGAUAGCGUGGAGGAUUUCGCACAAAUCGAUAAGCUGGCUAGCAUUCAACGGCAGUUCGACGCUACAUUGAUGAUGAAAAAGGGACUGGAGAAUUUCAAUGCGGAUAUCCAGGAAGUGGAGGACCUUUUAAGGGAGGAUGACGAUGAUCUGGAGAAUCAACCAAACCUGCUCAAGGCGCAUAUGCAGAUCUCUCGUCUACGAGAUUUCCGUGAUGAGGCAAUGGAUCAGAUUCGCAAGGCGCAGGACAACAGCGGCGAGGAGACUCUGACAGAAUACUUCCAAGGAUUGGACUCGGUUAUUGAUUGGUUCGAUGAUCAUCUGGGUACCGCGUGCAUGAAUAUUAUCCCGUUGGUGCAAGAAGAUAAUAAGAGCAUGGUCGUUCGGCUGGCCGUCGUUGUGCUUAACGAAGAGAAGAACGAUGAUACUGUACGUGCUUUGCAAGAGGCUCAAAAGGAUCACAAAGACCUCGCGAGCCGCUUCAAAUCUAUGAACAUCGGCCCCAAGACUGUUCGGGGCUACAAAGAGAAGUUCUUGCAAGCGGUCGAAUUCUACGCCCAAAAUCAAUUCGAAAACACAAAGGAAGAAUUCUUAGGUGAUCCUGACCACCUUGAGAAGAGUUUCCGUUGGUACUUCAACGACCUCUUCACGGUGCAAAAAGGCAUGCAGAGCCUUGUUCCUAAGAAGUGGAAGAUCUACAAGACAUAUACCGAUAUCUAUCACCGAAUGAUGCAUGAUUUCCUUGUUGGGAUGAUUGACGACCCUGAGGUUCCUGCGGACAACUUGUUGAAGAUCAUCCACUGGAGCGAGAAAUACUACAAGAAGAUGAAGAAGCUUGGCUGGGCCCCAACUGACCUCCAACCUAAUUUACUGGAUGAUCGUGAGCCAGAAUUGGUCCGCCAAUGGCAGAGUGUCAUAAUCAGCGCCGUGGAAGAAUGGAUGGAACGUAUCUUCGACACUGAAAAGAAGGGGCUCAUCGAGCGACAACCAGACGCAUUGGAGAACAACUCCGAUGGGUACUUCCGUACGAAAACCAUUGGAGAUAUGUGGCGCAUGCUGCACGAGCAGGUUGUGGCUGCAGGGGCCUCUGAGCGAGCAGAUGUGGUUGAAGGUGUCAUCGAUGCCAUGUUCCGGGCGCUAAAGGCUCGACAGAGCGCGUGGCAGGCAUUGCUCGACGAGGAGUGCGCCAAGAAUAAGGCCCCCAGUAAUGACCAGCCAGAGGGCGUUCAAAUACUUCAGGACUGGCUAGUCGGCGUGGCCAAUGACCAGAUUGCCUGUAUCGAUGACAACGAAGAAACUGGCCAGAUGGGAUACUUGACCAGGUUCAAGCGCGACAUCGAGCCGUUGGUGACACCAAAGUACAUGGCAACGCGCGCCGGCUCCGAGCUGGAUGCCCUGCGUGAUGGCUACGUCGAUCUGAGUACACAUUGUCUGUCACAAUUUGUCGACAUCGUGUUUAACGUGGAUCUUCCUACUGUUAUCCCGGAGCUGUUCACUGCGAAAUGGUACGGUGAGUACGCGAUCAAGCGUAUCACCUCUACUUUUGAUGAUUACAUGGCCGAUUACUCGCCAGUACUGCAUCCUUCAUUGGUGGACAUCUUGGUCGAGGAACUUUCAGAUGAAUUGCUAGUGCGGUAUCUGUCUUCGGUUCGCAACCGGGGCGUCAAGUUCCGCCGCUUUGUCGAUCCCUUCACGGAGAAAUUCAAGGACGACGUCCUUACAGUCUUUGCCUUCUUCCAGAAAUACGAAGAUUCUUUCGAAGCCACGAUCAAGCAAAAGUGGCGACUUGUCAACUGGUUGGUUCGCUUGCUCGAGACCGAGAAGGGCCAGCCCAUUGUCGAUGUUUACGAGUCUUUCAAACUCGAGUAUUGGGAUCUCCAGUUGUCAUGGGUGGAGGCGGUGCUGCGUGACCGCGAUGACUUUGAGCGCAGUAUGCUCAGUGCUGUCAAGGCCAAGGCGGCUGAGAUGUCUGUUGAGCGUGGCAUGGAGACUAUAAUGAGCCGUGUGAGAUAA